UGCUUGACGACUCUCGCCUCUUCUCUCUCCCUCCCUGUACAGUGAGCGAGGGGGGAGUCAGAAAAACAGCCACAGCAGCCCUCAGCGUGCGGCUCUGAGUCAUCGGUUGGCUCAUCCAGCUUGAUAUCAUCCUUGGUGCUGGAGUCCGUGGGAGAAUUAUAUUCAAAUCGGCACUACGCUGCGAUCGCCUCAUUUGUUUCCAAUUCUGAAUGACGGGCGGCGGACGGUUCGACUUCGACGAUGGAGGCACUUAUUGCGGGGGCUGGGAGGAUGGGAAAGCCCACGGACACGGUAUCUGCACUGGACCCAAGGGCCAAGGCGAAUACGCCGGGUCCUGGUCACACGGGUUCGAGAUAGUAGGGGUUUACACCUGGCCGAGUGGGAAUACAUACCAGGGUUACUGGUCGCAAGGGAAGCGACACGGGCUUGGGGUUGAAACCAAAGGAAAGUGGAUCUAUCGCGGAGAGUGGAGUCAUGGGUUUAAGGGUCGGUACGGAGUUCGCCAAAGCCACAGUACACCUGCUAGAUACGAUGGAACUUGGAGUAAUGGGCUGCAAGACGGCUAUGGAAUCGAGACCUAUGGGGAUGGUGGUACGUACCAGGGCCAGUGGAUGGGGGGGAUGCGUCACGGUUACGGAGUGCGGCAGAGUGUGCCUUAUGGGAUGGCAACGGUCAUCCACUCGCCGCUGCGCACCUCACUGGCCUCGCUGCGGAGCGUGCAGAGCAACGGCACGCUCCACCAGGACGCGUCCAGCACUGACACGCCCGUGGGUACGCGCGGUGGCUUCGUGCUCAACUUCCACAGUGACAGCGAGGUGGUGACGGGCAAGAAGAAGGGCCUGUUCCGUCGCGGCUCGCUCUUCGGCAGCCUGCGGCAGCUGCGCAAGUCCGACUCGCGGACGUCCAUCUCCAGCAAGCGCAGCUCGGCGCGCAGUGACGCCACCACCAUGAGCCGCAUCAGCUCCAGCGACGCUAACUCCACCAUCAGCUACGGCGAGGGCGACGGGGACUACACCGCACCCGAGGACCACGUGGACGCCACCACCACCGAAACCUACAACGGCGAGUGGAAGAACGACAAGCGCUGCGGCUUCGGCGUGUCCGAGCGCUCCAACGGCAUGAAGUACGAGGGCGAAUGGCUCAACAACCGGCGCCACGGCUACGGAUGCACCAUCUUCCCUGACGGCACCAAGGAGGAAGGGAAAUACAAAAAUAAUGUGCUCGUGCGCGGCAUACGCAAGCAGCUCAUUCCGCUUAAGAACCCUAAAACCAAAGAGAAAGUGGACCGUGCCGUGGAGGGUGCGCGGAGGGCCGGAGCCAUCGCAAGAACAAAAGUGGAAAUAGCAGCAUCAAGGACCACUCAUGCACGAACCAAGAGUGAAGCAGCUGACCAGGCAGCUCUGGCAGCCCUCCAUGACUCUGACCUGGCCAGAUCAGUGGCCAGAGAGCUCUCCCCAAGCUUCCAUCAGCCAGGCCUUGACUAUGUCAAGCAGAGAUUUGCAGAGCCUAUGGAGACUCCUGUUGAAGUCCCGGUGGAGAACGAGAAGAAGAAAGAGGUAGAUCCGGACUCCCCUGCCCUGAGUCCGGGUGUCUCACCGCCCCCGUCACCCACCAAGAAAGCCCCUGCACUCGCCAACAGCAGCGUGGCGCGCAAGAUCAGCAAGGAUCAGAGUGUCGCCGCGACACGCAAGAUCAGCAAAGACCAGAGCGUCUCCGGCGUAAGCCGUAAGAUCAGCAAGGAAGAGAGAGCCGCCAUCACCGCCGAGGUUGCCAAAGUCGUGCCCGCUCCGCCGCAUGCGCAGGUGUCCUUCCACAGCCAGCAUGACGAGCCUCCCCCCAAACCACCAAAGGCGGCGGCCGAGCCAGAGUCCGAGCAGCAGGACAGGCAAAGCAACGGCAUGCUACACCGCCAGCGGCAGUACCACAGCUACUACGUCAAGACGCCUGUCAAGGCAGCGCCACCGCCCGAGGAGCCUGAGGAAGAGGAGCCUGAGGAGCCCACGCAGUCCGAGCUGGCGCGCAUGCCCCCCAAGUUCAGGACCCCCACGCCCGCCGGAGCAGGAGCCGGAGCCGGAGCCAAGACUGAGGCCAAGCCAGACCCCAAGCUCAGGAAGCAGGAGUCGAUCAAGCCAAAGAGCCUGUCAGAAACCAAGAAAGCCAGCAUGGAGAUUCUCGACGUGGUCGAGGAAGAGUCAGGUCCCAAUUCAAUAUUGGUUGCCAUGGUUAUGCUUUUGAAUAUUGGCCUUGCAAUUAUUUUUGUCCAUUUCCUGACAUGAUGCACUGGAAUUUGAGUGGAGUCAUGAAAACCGUUGCAGUUGUGUCGACGGCCUUUAAAGAAACAAAAUGACGUCGGGCGAUUCGGGAUUGGCCAAAGGAGCUUUGGAAUGAGCAUGAACCACUGGAGAUACAUGAGACAUGGAACAUCCAGCGAAGAGACUGUUCGGCUUCCUGCCUGACGAUUUGAGGCUCUUUGGGGGUCCUGUGAGAACUGGAGUGAGAUAAUGUUGGGGUGAAGAAAUAUAAACACAGUUGUAUUUAUAUGAAGAAAAAAAUUAAUAAACUAUUAAAAAAAUAACAUAAAAAUCACGUUGAAUCUGCUGAUCUAAGCCCAAUCCUCUGAAGUGUAUGGCUUCCCUAUCUGUCCUCGCACCCAGGGAAUGAGAGAGAGAAAGAGAGGGAGGGAGAGAGAGAAAUAGAGAGAGGGAGGGAGGGGAGGGAGAGACUUAACUGGAAACAUUCAGAGAUGCACUUUGAAACUGACGGGAGCCAACAGCUGCCUUACUAUUUUACCAUCUGACGUUUUAGUGGGGAGGUGUCCGCUCUCGGCUGCCAGGGGAACGUGUCCAGGGGACAUUGUUGCCACGGGAUUGCGUUCCAGCCAAUCCCGCCAGAGGAAACUGUAUGCGAUAGGGGUGGCGUGUCACACACACACACACACACAGACACACACAAUCACUCAAACACACACACACACAUGCAUGCAUAGACACAUGCAUAGACACACACACAGGCACACCAGUCUUAUAUCGUCAGCUAGCGUCACCACCAAUUUCACCUAGCAUCACAACUACAUGCAGCUUAGGAAGGUUCCUUUGGUUUCUUUGACAACACCAACCCCCACCCCACUCCCUUGCAUGGAACAGUUUUCAUUCUUCUGUUUUUUUUUCUGUUGGUUUUGUUUUGUUUUGUUUUGUUUCUUGUUGUAGUUUAUUUCUACAUGUUUUGCUUUGUAUUGAAGUCAAUGGCAAAUUGGCAAAAAAAAACGUAAAAGAAUCACUACCUUCAUCAAAUGUCCAUCCCUCUUUGGUUGAUUUUUGUUUGGUAUAACAACAACUUUCACAGAGAUGAUAUUCUAAUUUUGAGAAAUGUGCAAUAUGUUUUAUUUUUUUAAAGAUGGAUUAUAUAUUUUGCCAACUAAAGGUUUGUAGUAUGGUCAUCAUUUUAAUUCUUGUAGAAGUCAUCUUGGCAUCAUUUUGUUUUUAAUCACACAACUAGAAUGAAAUGCUGUGCUCUGACUUAAAAGGGAAACUUGUUUAGAUUGACUACUGGUUUUAUUGUUGUGCGAAUCAACACUGUUUCAGCAAACAAGGCUACACUCAACACCACAGAGCUGAAUUUGAAGUCUUAUUAUUAAAAAUAAAGAAACAUUUUAUUUAUUUUGAGAAUCAAAUAAAUUAUGUCAUGGUAUUUAUAGCCGAAGCUUAGACAGUUUUGCAUGAGAUUGUUGUCUUUUUCUGCCUCUGAUGUGGAACUAUGAAAGUGGAUUAUUAGUGAUUUAACGACAAUGUGAAACCCCUUUUUUGUCGAGGGACACUGCUUGCUUGCAUAUAUUUGUGGGAAAUAGGAGUUUCAGUGCGCUUUGGCAGACCCAAAGAAAAAAAGUGUUUGUGUGUGUGAUUCGAUCAGGUAGAGCCGAGGAAGAUAUCAUACCCUAGGGUAAGAGUGUUGCCUUUUAAAGUCUUUAACAGUUAUACUGUUUACCUCAAAUCAAGAGGAGGAUGCGAAUGAAAGAGAAAAAAGCCUCAAAAAGUAAAGAAGUCUUUGUCUUAACCUGUAGUGUGGAAAUGGACUGUUACUACAAGUAGAGAAAUGUUUUCUUUUUUGCUCUCUCUUGUCAUGUUAGUGUUUGUUUUAGUGUAUUCUUUGUUGCAGGUGCAGCAUGGUGGGUUUUUUUUUUCACUUUAUUUAAAAAGAUACCAUUCUUUGUAUGUUAUCACUUCAAAAACAUUAAUUUAUUCUGUUCAAACAGCCUCGUUAUAACAAUGUAUCGUUUCAGAAUAUUCAUGUCAAAAAUCUAUCUUUACAAGGGCUUUGAUGAAAAGUGAACUUUUAUCUCACCUUUGAUUUGACUGCUAGUUUGCAUGGUUUAUGAAGGAUACAUUAUGUGACAUAAAUUAUUUCUUAUAUGUAGGCAGCGCAUAUAUCAAAUCUUUGGAAAUUGGUGUCAGUGCAUCUCGCCUCUUGAGUAGAGUAGUGGUCUUGAGGUAUAGAGGCAAGGUUGUGUGUUGUGUGUGUGUGUGUGUGUGUGUGUGUGUUUGUGUGAGUGUGUGUGUGUGUGUUUGUGUGUGAGAAAGUGUGUGUGUGUGUGUGUCAGUGGAUGUACUGUAAAGGGCCAGCAUCUGAAGAGGCAGCCAUGAUGAAGUGUUUUUACUUGAGAACAAUGAUGUUUUAUGCAUACAAGCAACGUUGAUGGGAAGUAUGGUAAUUUGGCAAGCUGUUAUUGUUAUUCUUUUCUUUGAAAUGCAAUGUAAAUGGCCUCAUUCAUUUGAUUAUGAUUUCAAAGACUUAUGAACCAUAACAUCAUACAAAUUUAAAAGACGGUAUAUAGGUAUUUUUUUAAAAGCAACAUUGCAUGUUGAAAUACAUUUAUAUACAGUGAAGGUUAUAUACUAUUUAUAAGGAUUUUUACAGAGCACAAUCCAACAUCUCAAAUGAAUUUAUGGUAUUUUUCUAAAGAUUUACUCAGCUGUAUUUUGACAAAGGAUAUAACUCAUUUCAUAAUGAACAACAUGAUGCACACAACCUUUGACGGAAAAUAUCAGAUGUAUCUAUUAAUGAAAGCCAUUUACAGUCAGUAACUAAUAAAAAAGGAUUCUCAUUGGACCUUAGGAAUCAAAGUUGAACUGAGUGACUUUUGAUAUCGCCAAACCCAGAAAAACUAUUGAAUGGUGUUUAAGUCUAAGGAGAUGUUUGUCUAUAUAUAACAAUAAAAGACUUUAUGCCCUGUA